CUCACACGCAGCACCUGCCUGAGUCUAUUCUGCCCCCUCCCCACCCAGUUCAUUUCCACCAUGACACCAGGCAUCCAGUCCCUUUUCUUCCUCCUGCUGCUACUCCUAGAGCUUACAGCGGCUACCACACAAACCUCUGAAAUGGUUGAUAAAACCACUGGCAACACAAUCCACAGCCACAGAGGAGAUACAACUACAAUCAUGACCCAAAGCAGCUUAUUCCAGACCUCCAGCCCUGACUCUACCUUGGCUUCCACUCCAGCCCACCAUGUCAGCUCCAACCCAGCUGACAGCUCAGGAGCAGGCUCAAACUCGACUACUCCAGCCCACCAUGUCAGCUCUACUCCGGUCACCGGCCCAGGCCCAGGCUCAAACAUCACCACUCCAACCUACCGUGUCAGUUCCAACCCAGCUGUCAGCUCAAGCCCAGGCUCAAACUCGACCACUCCAGCGUACCAUGUCAGCUCCACCCUGGCUGCCAGCCCAGGCUCAAACGCGACCACUCCAGCCCACUAUGUCAGCUCCACCCCUGCUGCCGGCCCAGGCUCAAACAUGACCACUCCAGGGCACCAUGUCAACUCCACCCCGGCUGCUAGCCCAGGCUCAAGCUCAAACGCGACCACUCCAGCCCACCAUGUCAGCUCCACCCCGGCUGCCGGCUCAGGCUCAAACAUGACCACUCUAGCCCACUACGUCAGCUCCAACCCAGCUGUCAGCCCAGGCCCAAGCUCAAACUUGACCACUCCAGCGUACCAUGUCAACUCUACCCCGGCUGCCAGCCCAGGCUCAAACGUGACCACUCUAGCCCACUAUGUCAGCUCCAACCUGGCUGUCAGCCCAGGCCCAAGCUCAAACUCGACCACUCCAGCGCAGCAUGUCAGCUCCACCCCAGCUGCCAGCCCAGGCUCAAACGUGACUACUCCAGCCCAUCAUGUCAGCUCCACCCUGGAUGCUGGCCCAGGCUCAAACUUGACCACUAGAGCCCACCAUGUCAACUCCAGCCCAGCUGCCAGCCCUGGCUCAGGCUCGCCCACCACUCCAGGCUACAAUGCUACCUCAACCGUGGCUACCAACCCUGGCUCAAGCUCAGCCCCCACCGCAGUUCACAAUGGCUCUACAAAGGCUACCACAACCCCAGUCAGCGAGAGUACUUCAUCCUCAGCUUCUAGUCACCACUCCGAUGCUCCCACCACCCCUGCCAGCCACAGUACUGGAACUAUUGCCACCAGCACUAACCAUAGCAGAGUAUCUCCCACCUCCUCUAUUCACAGUACUACUCCCCAGUUUUCCAGAGGAGUCUCCAUCUUCUUCCUCUCUUUUUACAUUUUGAACCUCCAUUUCAACUCCUCCCUGGAAGAUUCCAGCACCAACUACUACCGAGAGCUGAAUAGAAACAUUUCUGAAUUGUUUCUGCAGAUUUAUAAACAAGAGGAUUUUCUGGGUGUCAGUGGCAUCACAUUCAGGCCAGGUUCUGUGGUGGUGGAUUCGAACCUGGCUUUCCGAGAUGGUACCACCAGUGCCGAAGACGUGAGGACACAGUUUGUUAAUUCUGAAACAGAGGCAGCCAGAUAUAACCUGUUGCUCUCAAGAGUCAGUGUGAAUGCGGUGUCUUUUUCUUCCCCUGCCCAGUCUGGGUCUGGGGUACCAGGCUGGGGCAUUGCCCUGCUGGUGCUGGUCUGUGUUCUGGUUGCAGCUGCCAUCGUUUAUCUCAUUGCUCUGGCUGUGUAUCAGUGCCGCCAAAAGAACUGUGGGCAGCUGGACAUCUUUCCAACCCGCGAUGCCUACCAUCCUAUGAGCGAGUAUCCCACCUACCACACCCACGGGCGCUAUGUGCCUCCUGGCAGUACCAAACGUAGUCCCUAUGAGGAGGUCUCUGCGGGCAACGGUGACAGCAGCCUCUCCUACACGAACCCAGCAGCCACGUCUGCCAACUUGUAGGGGCACGUUUGCUGAGCGGCCAGCUGGUGCCAGUUCUCCCGCAGGUUCCAGGCUGGUGAGCGGGGAGUUCGGGCAGGCUGCUCACAGUUUUGCUCAGAGGCCCCGCCAAGUCCCCUCACCCACCGCAGCCCAGUGAAGCCCAUCCCUGAGGCUGGGGGACAGGCCUGGGGCCGUGGUGGUGCCACAGGGGUGGCUUCCAGGAGGGCCUGCCCAGAAAACCCCAGAGAUGGGUGUGGGAACCUGAACGUGGCGAAUAAAACUUGGGCCUCCUGCUGGCCAGCUUCUGAUCCUU